AUGGUCCCUAAACCAUGGCUGCCACCCGAAAGGAAGAAGAACUUUGAAGUUCUCAACCUGAGUAAAAGGGUUCUUAGAGAUGAGGUGAUCAACUUGUUGAGUAGAGGUAUGAAAUUUGUUUUCUCAUACACCCACACCACUUUCUUCGAUUACAAUAAUUUGAUGAAAAAUAUAAUCAAUAAAGAAAUUAAAAUGAAAAAUAUAAAACAUGAGAAGAAACUAACUUUGAAACUCUUCAGAAACCAUUUUCUCAUCAAGCCCUUCAGCAACUAUUUUCAUUGCAAUGAUAUUUCAAUUUCCUUAGGAACAACAGCAAGCGAUCUUUCUAAACAAUGGUUCACUCGUCAGCAACUGUAA